AUGACUUCUGUAAAACUAUGUGAAAUUGAUGAAUGUAAGCGAAGAGCAGCCACACUAUGCCAUCAUUGUCACAAAGAUGUUUGUAAAAAACAUUUUAAUGAACAUGCCGACUCACUAAACGAUGAACUUUAUCCACUUACUGAUCAAAUCAAUGAACUCGCUACCAAACUCAGCGCUUUAAGUUCGUCGUAUAUAACUCAACAGUCUUAUGCCUUAUUGGACGAAUGGAGAAAUGGCAGUUGUCAACUGAUUGAGCAACUUUAUCAACUUAAAAAACAUGAAAUAGACGUGUUAGUGAACGAUAAUUUUAUUGAAAUCAAGAAUGAGAAAGAGAAAGUGAUCAGAAGUCUCGAAGAAAAUAUCAAGAAAUUCAUUCGUGAUGAUGAUGUCACACAUGAUGCAAUUGAAGAAAUGAAAGAAACACUUCGAAAUGUUGAUAAACAAAUUGCUGAACUAAAAGACAGUUUCAUCCAUGUACAAACAUCAACUGUCCAUAUUGACAAAAACUGUGUUAUUAUCCACUCAAGAUUCCUCUCACACCAUAAUCAAAAAUGUAAGUAG